CCAGCCGGCCCCUACGUAACCAACCGCAGGCAGCGGCAUCACUCACUCAUCUUUGCUGCAUCGCAAACUUCCGUCCUAUGACUGGCCAACGCGCACACACUUUUCCGUGUUUACUGCCGGCUGAAGAUUAUUUGCAUCACUCUGCUCUCAUCGAGUUGCAAUCCUGCCAGAGAGCUGGCAAGCUGGCCGCGCAUCGUUUGCAACCCUUCUCUGCCUCCCCCUCCAGGCUCGAGACACACUCCUCCAACAACCGGUGAACCGCGCAAUCACAGUUUCCCAUAUCCGCCGCCAAGAUGAUGGCAUGGUGGUCCUCUGGGGCCAACAGCGCCCUGGAUGAGCAAAUAGAGAAGGCCACGAGUUCCAGCCUUGAAGAUAUUGCUCUCAACCUCGAGAUCUCCGACAUCAUCAGAUCCAAGACAGUGCAACCCAAGGAAGCGAUGCGGUCGCUCAAAAAGCGCAUCAACAACAAGAACCCGAACACGCAACUCAGUGCGUUGAAUCUCACGGACACCUGUGUCAAGAAUGGUGGAUCUCAUUUCCUCGCCGAAAUCGCAUCCCGCGAGUUUAUGGAGAGCCUGGUGUCGCUGCUGAGGGCGGUCGGACCUGCUUCGGUUAACGCAGAGGUCCGCUCCAAGAUCCUUGAGCUCAUCCAGUCUUGGGCGACAGCAACCGAGGGGCGUUAUGAGCUCGCCUACAUUGGGGAGGUAUAUAGGACUCUGCAGCGGGAGGGCUUUCAAUUCCCUCCCCGCGUCAGCGUCGCCAGCAGCAUGAUAGACAGCAGCGCUCCGCCCGAAUGGGUCGACUCGGACGUCUGUAUGAGGUGCCGGACGCCCUUCACCUUUACCAACAGAAAACAUCAUUGCCGCAACUGCGGAAACUGUUUCGACCAACAGUGCUCGAGCAAAACGUUACCUCUACCUCAUCUCGGCAUCCACCAGGCAGUCCGGGUAGACGACGGGUGCUAUGCAAAACUCACAGACAAGUCUUCUAGGGGCGGGGGCAUAGGACACGAGCGCUCCCCCACGCAUAUGUCGUUUCCCGGCAAGCACCGGACCUCUUCGAUGCAACCACGAAGUGCUCGGGUGGAUGAUGGGUUCGACGAAGAUCUGAAGAAGGCACUGGCCAUGAGCCUCGAGGAAGUCAAGAGCCACUCGCGGCAAUAUGCUGCCCCGAAAGUGAACGUGGAGCCUGCCAGUCAACCGAAGGUGAACGGGCACGCCACGGCAUCGAAAGUCGCAGAAGACGAAGAUGAGGAUCUGAAGGCUGCCAUUGCAGCAUCCUUGGCUGAUAUGGAGGAGCAAAAGAAGAAGCACGCGGCUGCGCUGAAGGAGCAAGCCUCCAACGCUGCAGCUCCUGCGGCGACUGCAUCCUUCUCACUCCCGAAAAACGACUAUGAACUCACUCCUGUCGAGGCCGAGAACAUCAACCUUUUUGCUACUCUAGUCGAUCGCCUCCAGACGCAGCCUCCAGGAACAAUCCUCCGAGAACCACAGAUUCAGGAGCUGUACGACAGCAUUGGUGCUUUGCGGCCCAAGCUUGCUCGGACGUAUGGGGAAACCAUGAGCAAACACGAUACCCUCCUCGACCUUCACGCAAAGCUCUCGACGGUUGUACGGUAUUACGACCGCAUGCUCGAGGAACGUCUAUCGAAGGCAUACAACCAACACAGCAUUGGGGGAUACACCCUUCCCCCGGCCCGGCAGCCCUCUGGGCCGUAUCCUUCACUCCAACCCAACGUGCCCAGUGUACCCAGCGCUGCCGGGCCAGCAGAGAGCUUCUACACUGGCGAACAACACCAGGACUAUGGCCGGCAACUGGGUCAUCCAUCGUACCCACAGCCAACGCCCCAACCGCAAUAUCCGUCCUACGACAAGAGGGCCUCGGUUGUUGGGGCAUCCAACAGCCAGUACCCUCCACAACAGAUGCCGCAGAGAACAGGAAGCUGGAGUGCAGGGCCACCAAGCCAGACACCGCAGUACAACCAGCAACCAAGUUACCCUCCUAACGAGGCGCCUCAAGGACAACAAACGCCCACGCCAGCGCAGCUAUCUGCUCAGACCGCUGGCGAUUCUGUCGGUACUACUCCCACAGCGGAUCCGAGCGCGUCCUUCUACUUCAACUCGCAGCACCAGCAGCAGACUCAGAAGCCACCUAUUUCCCCGCCCGACCCUGCUAUGUCACCAUAUCCCAACCUCAAUCAACCUCUCCCUUCAUACCAACCCUCACUCCCUCAAACGCCCGCGUCAGUGCCUGCUCAACCAUCUCAGCCGCAACAGCCAUAUUGGCAGCACCCGGCUGCUCAGCAGACUGCCCUUCCGCCCGUCUGGCAGGCACCUCCGAGCACUGCAUACCCGAGCUACAACCAAGAAGCGUUCCCGUCGGCGCCGCAGCAUACCCCGGCUCAGCCGGUGUUGGAGGAAAGCUUGAUUGAUCUGUAGGCUCCCUGGGUUACGGUUCGAACCGAACUGGGACAGCCAUGGCUUGGCGGGGAGUAUAGGGGUGCGAUGUUUUUGUUAUCAAAAGGUAGGGUCGGCACGGCGUUUACAGGAGACACAAACAUUUGUACAUCAGACCAUAGUACAUAGAUGACUGUUAUACGUACAGCGGCCCGAUGAGGUAUGGCAUGCGUCAGGCUGGCAUUGUGAGGGCAAAUUGCAACCGGUAUUUGCAGCAGGAAUAUGACUCACUUUUUAAUUGAAGAGCUUCCUUCUCGGUGAAAGUGGUGCUGCAGUUGCGGGAUCGGGGCAGCUUUCGUAGCAGCUGACAUAAUGCAAGCCACCCGGUCCAAUGACGG